GAGCUCUUUGCAUCUCUAGCCAGGCACUUGUUCUCUGAAGUUUCUCUGCAAAGCGAGGGAGAGAGAACCGGAGCUUCGAGCAGCAGCUUGCAGCUCUGCGUCCAGAGCCACAUCGCAAGCCUGCACGGCGGAGAGGGCUACGGGGCUGGACAACUCUGCUUUUUUUCCCUGGACGUGCAGUUAAGGCAGUGACUUUGCUUACUCCGCUCGCUGGCUACGGAGGGAACCGGACGGCUUUCGCUGGGGUGAUAUCUGAUUCGGUUGUGUUUGUGCAUCCCAGGGUGGGCAUCGCGGGCGGCCUGUGUCUAGUAGCAGAGGGGCUAAAAAGCCGGGUGGUUGGGGAAGCCGCUCGAUUCGAAGGCGACUCAAACGUCCGAACAAGUCGCUGCUUGUUGCCGCUUGGCGGAGAGCACUCAGGCAAGAGGCACCAUGCAGCUGGACAGCGUCACCACCGCGGGCGUCCACACCUACCAGGGGCACCGCGGCGUGGCCAAUAAGCCGAACGUGAUCCUGCAGAUAGGCAAGUGUAGGACAGAGAUGCUGGAGCACGUCAGGAGGACCCACCGGCACCUCCUGUCGGAGGUGUCCAAGCAGGUGGAGCGGGAGCUGAAAGGCUUGCAGAAAUCGGUGGGGAAGUUAGAGAACAACUUGGAGGACCACGUCCCCACUGACAACCAGAGGUGGAAGAAGUCCAUCAAGGCCUGCCUGGCCCGGUGCCAGGAGACCAUUGCUCACUUGGAAAGGUGGGUUAAGCGGGAGAUGAAUGUCUGGAAGGAGGUAUUUUUCCGCCUAGAGCGAUGGGCAGACCGGCUGGAGUCCAUGGGGAGCAAAUACUGCCCCUCGGACACCCCCAGGCAGACCGUGUCUGUCGGGGUGGGUGGCCCAGAGAUCAGGCCCAGUGAAGGGGAGAUCUAUGAUUAUGCCCUGGACAUGAGCCAGAUGUAUGCACUGACUCCUUCUCCUGGAGAGUUGCCCAGUAUCCCCCAGCCCCACGACUCCUACCAAUGGGUCACAUCCCCGGAGGAUGCUCCGGCCUCUCCAGUGGAGACCCAGGUCUUCGAGGACCCCAGGGAGUUCCUCUGCCACUUGGAGGAGUACCUGAAGCAGGUGGGUGGGACCGAGGAGUACUGGCUCUCCCAGAUCCAGAACCACAUGAACGGCCCGGCUAAAAAGUGGUGGGAAUACAAGCAGGACACAGUCAAGAACUGGGUGGAGUUCAAGAAAGAGUUUUUGCAGUACAGUGAGGGGACCCUGACCAGGGACGCCAUCAAACGGGAACUGGACCUGCCCCAGAAAGACGGGGAGCCCCUGGACCAGUUCCUGUGGCGUAAGAGAGACUUGUACCAGACCCUCUACAUCGAUGCCGACGAGGAGCAGAUCAUUCAGUAUGUGGUAGGCACCCUGCAGCCCAAACUCAAGCGCUUCCUGAGUUACCCCUUGCCCAAGACCUUAGAGCAGCUGAUCCAGAAGGGGAAGGAAGUACAAGGCAGCCUAGACAAUUCAGAGGAGCCCAGCCCGCAGCGAGCCCCCGAGGCUCGCACCGGGGACUUGGUGGACAGCCUGACCCCCUCCACCACAGCCAGCCCCAAUGCCAGCAGCGGGACACAACCCGAGGCCCCCAGCCCCCCGGCCACUAUAUUAUGAGUAGAGGAAAGCCGCGGCUUGCCUUAGACAACAGUGGGAAAGGGGCGCAUUGAGGAAGCUUCUCCUUAGCGAGGCGAUCUAGCUGCGACCAGUCAGAGGGCAUAUACUCAGCCCAACGGCCCGCAGCAAAGGGAUGAAACUUUGCUUGAAGUUGGGCCGCUUGCAAAUGCGGCUGCCCACUUUGCCCGAGCCACGCGACGGGGUGGUGCGAGGCUGAGGGUAUUACUUUAACCACUUCUGGGAGGACCCUUUCGUGAUACUAGAGACGAGUCCCAAUGGCAGAGACAGCCAUCCCAAACCAGAGGCUUUCCGCUACUGCCCAAGGGUCCCUUCUCACCCGCCAGUCAGGACCUCUCCUCCUUCCUCUCUCUUCCCUUCUCUGAGGACUUGUUCUGCUCCUUUUAUAGGGCAAGCUCCCUUUUUUUUAACAUUUCUGAUUUACAAGUGAGGGUUUUGUCCAGUGUGAGAGGAAGCCGCAGGUUUCUGCUUCCUCCUCAACCUCUGCUGGAUUAAAGAGAAAACUUUUUAGAAGCUUGAAUUUCUUCAGUGGGGAGCCUAAAAUGUCAGCAGAUGGAAACCUCGUCCCUUUUUCCACCCAGGCCCUGCUCUCGUUUUUCUUCCCUCCCAGCUUCCCCCAUAGAAACCUCAUCCACCCAGGCCAUGGCAGCAACAAGGGAGAUUUCUUCCCAUGUCUGCUGGUAACCUGGGGAGCGAGGGUCCACAGCACUCGGAUAGGAAAUAUUACUGGACUUCUUCCAUCUCGGGUUGUGUAGGGCUCGGGCUAGAUAUCUUCCAGCAUCGGAUGAUCGGUGAGGAAGCUAGCAUUGUACAGGGGUUAAUUCCUACAUUUUGAAAAAAAUCAAACAAACACACCGUGAACUCAGAGCUAAUAUCCCCCACCCCUCCGAGCAGCAAAGCAAGUCCACUGAGACUCAGAUGCUAACACAGCAGGACUUCAGCAACCAGCUUCUCUGAGCUUUUGCCACAUGAAAGCAAGUGAGGAGGUGGCAUGUGUCCUGGAGCUGCCUCCACCUGGCUUCGUGCAAAGAGGACACCUCGAUGCUACAAGUGGCUUUCCAAAAGUCAGGUGUCCUCAGGCUGGAGAACUCGAUGGCUGGACUGUACGUGAAAGCCAAUGGGCUUCCUACAAUGGCCCCUGCAGUCUCACAGAGCUGACAUGGGGCUCUGCAUUGCUUUUCUACAUGACCAGCUAACAAUAAGGAUGUGUGCACCAUGACUGAUACAUAAGGACGGGACUUUGAGGCACGGCUGGGCAGUUGGGACCUUCCAGCUUCUUGUUUCAACACAGAAAGCCCAGCCAUGCACGCUUAGAAAGCUCAAAUGGAGUCUCCAAUAGCAAGUGCAUCCCGCACCAACAACACUGCAUCCAUCAUCAGAAGCAACAGGCAGAAACAACUGCAAGAGGGAGUAGCUGAAACUUCCCUGGGAAAUCAGCAGCAGCAGCAGCAGCAGCAGCAGCAAACCAUGGCAUAGGUGGCUUUGAAAGCUCUUCGUGGGAUUCCUAGAGACUAAAGUGACUCCCCCAGACCCAUCUCUGAUGAGACAUCACGAAGGAAAAAGCCUGGAAAAGGGCAGGGGAAUGGAUGUCCGAA